CAUACAUUGUCCGAGGAGCACCAGACGCACUUGCCAUGACCCAAGCAGCUUUAAUAGGCCAGACAUUUGGCAUGCUUUCUGGAAAUCCGAGACAUCUUGCAAUCGUGCAAACCUUUCACGGUACAAUAAUAGCAUGGGCCCGGCGGCAAAAAAUGUUUGAUCAAACAACUGCACCGAUUCAUUCCACAGGAAUCGCGGAGACAGAAGUUGAAUCUGCGUGGAGACGGUGGGUACACAGCGAGGAGAAGAAACGAGUCGCCGUUGGCCUUCGGAUUCAUGAUGCAGAGCUCGCUGAACUAUUUAUGGCUGAACCGUUUCUACGGAGUUCAGCUAAUACACGGUUGACGGUUGCGCACAAUGAUGCCUGGACUGCACCGACUGCCAAAAGCUGGGCUCGUGUGUUGAGAGAGCGCGACCUCACCGAUUCAACCUACGGAACCACCUCUACUGAUUCAUCCGUCAUGUCUAGUAUAAUCGCAGUAUCACCCUCCUUCGCACUUUACUCUCUCCUCGAAGAAAAAGCAAGCUACAUCAUGGAACACACUCAGGUGCAUUCCCCCGAAACCCAGCAACAAAUCACACAAUUCUUAACAUCAGUCUACAACGAACACCUCCGUCACCAAACCGAUUCUGACCCAUUCAGCCUCAAAGCCCUAUGGCACUCUCUCUUUAUGUCUUUGUAUUGCGACAUGAACAAAAUUGAAUGCGCUGUUGGACGCGAAGGGUUUGAAGAAGCUCAGAACCAGGCCGAGUACGCCACAAUCUGGGCUUCCUCGGCUGCUGGCCAUAGAUGCGCGAUUCACGCUGCGUUGAUACUGAAGCACCUGCAACGAAUACCCAUCGGCGAAGAACCAGCAAUCCAUGUUCCUCGGUUACUCUAUCGUGCAUCGUUGAUUUGGUACGCCUACACCCGGUUUGGCCGGGAUGACUAUCAUGGCCGCCAAGAAUCUUCGAUUUCUGCGGAACUCGAGUUUCCGGAGCUGACCAAAGCAGGCAUUGAUGGCCGGCGUGUAUUAUUUGCGGCGAAUGGGUUUAAGAGAACUCGCCCGACAACGUCGGAGUCGAGUACCUUGUUUCAUUUGAUUGAUUUGUUGACUAGGUUGGGGCACUGGGGCAUCAGCCAGAAGAUGGCGUCGUUGUUCUCAGUUCUGAUUCACGACAGGCCGCAUUAUUCUGAAAGUUAGCAUGUAAUUGCUGUCGCCUAUCCAGCGAUUAUCCCGUGUAUACUAGAAAGCAGACACUGGCUGGCUUUCCUAAUUUUGAUCCAUAAGAUGACGCGUUCCAUCCGUGGGUUAAAGUCAAAGCAACUAUUGGUAAACUCUGUUUCGUCCCGCAGCCCCGCCGUUCCUGUGGGGCAACGAUGCAGAAAUGUAUC